AUGUCAUCUGAAUCUCCAUCGCCAAAUUCUCCACCCGCUACCACUGCCCCACCACCAAAUAAUCCUUCUCAUUCUCCGCCACCUCAGCCAACACCGGCAUAUCCCCCUUCUCAUUCUCCGCCGCCACAACCACCACCACCGCCGCCGGCUAGUCCGCCAAGAUCACCUAUUGCCCCCACCCAGCCACAGCCACCUGAGAACCCCCCACCGCCUCCACGGCCACAGCCUCCUCCCAAUAGCUCACCGCCACCUUUACCUGCUAAUUCUACUCGUCCCCAGCCACCACCACCACCGCCUCCGCCGUCUGAGAGUCCGGCUUCUCCUCCCAUACCACCGCCUAGAGUGUCGCCACCUCCACCGGUUGUGAGCUCGCCGCCGCCUGUUUCAGUAGCUCCACCUGGAAAUACGAGGGCCAACGAAACCACCGGUGAUACACCGGAAAGUUCUAGCUCUCCGUCUGCCGCCUGUGAUGGAGGGAUAGGUACUGGAGGCACGACAGCUAUUUUGGUGGUUGUUAGUCUUGUGUUGCUCGGUAUAUUUGGAUUUGCUGCCUUCUGCUUGUGGAAACGGAAGAAAAGGGAAGCUGGGUGGAGUGGGGGCCACAUUUUGUCAACUUCUAUAGGUUCCUCUCCCCAAUUAGAUUCUGGACCACUAAAACUGCAAAUAUCGGUGCGUAGUAAUGCAAGUAGCUCUGGUGGCUUGGGCAGCUCAAGAUCGUGGUUUACCUAUCAAGAACUAGCUGAAGCCACUAGUGGGUUUUCUGCCCAGAAUCUGCUGGGCGAGGGUGGUUUUGGUUCGGUGUACAAAGGAAAUCUUUUUGAUGGUCGAGAAGUUGCUGUUAAGCAGUUAAAAAUUGGCGGAGGACAAGGGGAGAGAGAAUUCAGAUCUGAGGUGGAGAUUAUAAAUUGUAUACACCACCGACAUUUGGUAUCGCUCGAGGGUUAUUGCAUUUCUGAGGACAAGAGGCUGCUCGUGUACGAAUAUGUUCCUAAUAAUACCCUCUACUUCCAUCUACAUGGUCAGGGUAGGCCGGUUUUGGAUUGGGAUAAGCGCGUGAAGAUAGCUGUUGGUGCAGCUCGUGGUAUAGCUUAUCUUCAUGAGGACUGCCACCCUCGUAUAAUACAUAGAGAUAUCAAAUCAUCAAAUAUACUUUUAGACAGCAAUUUUGAAGCGCGGGUUUCAGAUUUUGGACUUGCUAAGCUGGCCAUGGAUGCGAAUACACAUGUCACCACCCGUGUUAUGGGAACCUUUGGAUACAUGGCUCCUGAGUAUGCAUCGAGUGGCAAGUUAACUGAUAAGUCUGAUGUGUAUUCCUAUGGAGUUGUGCUCUUGGAGUUGAUUACAGGUCGGAAGCCUAUAGAUACAUCUCAACCGCUCGGGGAAGAGAGCCUUGUUGAGUGGGCCCGGCCUUUAUUAAGUCUGGCACUCGAGACACUGAAAUUUGGUGAAAUAGCAGACCCAAAACUUGAAGGAAACUAUGUUGACAAUGAGAUGUUCCGGCUAAUCGAAGCUGCUGCAGCUUGUGUUCGUCAUUCAUCAGUGAAGAGACCCAAAAUGAGUCAAGUUGUGAGGGCUUUCGACGGCAUGGCUGCCCCAGAUUUAACAAACGGAAUGAGAGUUGGGGAAAGCGAAUUAUUUAACUUUGCACAACAAUCAGCCGAAAUUCGACUCUUUCAGAGAAUGGCAUUUGGCAAUCAGGAUUACAGCACAGAUUUUUUCAACCACUCAAAAUAG